AUGGCUUCUCCAGUCGAUUUAAUAACCGUGUUGCAGAAGACAUUUCUUGACCAAGCCAUCACUAUAGAAAAUGCCGAACUGGUGGCUGCGCAGAAUUUCCUCGAAGAAGCUUUUAAGGCCGACUUGCCAGGUCUCCUAAGGCAGCUUAGUGAUAUUCUCGCAAACUCUCAAUGUGAGCCGGCUGUCCGUAUGCAAGCCGGUCUUCAGCUGAAGAAUGCAAUAUACUCUAAAGAUCCAGCUUUGCGAGUCGCUUAUCAGCAGCGGUGGUUGGAAUUCCCUCCUGAGUGUACAAAUUAUAUCAAGCAAAAGUGUCUAGAUGCAUUAGGGACUGAGACAACGGCUCAUAGUUCGGCAGCUCAGUGUGUCGCAUACAUCGCAUGUGCAGAGACGCCUUCCGGAAGAUGGCCCACUCUGAUGUCCAAACUAGUAGAAAAUGUCACGACGUCGACCAUUGAAAGCGUUAAACAUUCUACAUUAGAAACAAUCGGCUACAUUUGCCAAGAUAUAGAUCCCAGUAUUCUGUCUACUCGAUCAAAUGAAAUUCUCACGGCGAUCGUGUACGGAAUGAGGAAAGAGGAACCAAGUGAAAAUGUUCGUUUGGCUGCUACAAAUGCUCUCCUGAAUUCAUUGGAAUUUACUAAACACAACUUUGACGUAGAGGUGGAGCGUAAUUACAUCAUGCAAGUCGUUUGCGAGUCGACACAGUCCCCGAACCCAUUGAUCAAAGUUGCUGCGCUUCAGUGUCUUGUGAAAAUAAUGUCCUUGUAUUACAGUUAUAUGGAGCCAUACAUGGGCCAGGCUCUGUUUGCCAUUACCUUGAAUGCCAUGAAAUCCGACAUUCCAGAAGUCUCAUUACAAGGCAUCGAGUUCUGGUCGACGGUUAGUGACGAGGAACUUGAACUAGCUAUCGAGGCAUCUGAAUGCUUCGAUAAAGGCCAACCGCCUCCCGUUUCCAGCAAAUUUUACGCAAAGGGCGCACUACAGUUCAUUGUCCCCAUCUUGAUGGAAAUUUUAGCCAAACAAGAUGAAUCACCCGACGAUGACGAAUGGAAUCCCAGCAAGGCUGCCGGUGUGUGCAUAAUGCUCCUGGCUCAAUGUUGCGAAGAUGCCAUUGUGGAACUAGUCAUUCCGUUCGUGCGCCAACACAUUGAAAACCCUGAUUGGAAAUACAGAGACGCAGCUGUCAUGAGUUUUGGAAGUAUUCUAGAAGGACCUAAUGCGACCGCCUUGAAGCCUCUCGUCGAAUCCGCCAUGCCUGUGAUCAUAAACCUGCUGCGUGAUCAGUCAUCUGCAGUCCGCGAUACGACCGCAUGGACAAUCGGCCGUGUCUGCGAGAUCUUGCCGGAAGUGGCUCUGACCGAUACCUAUCUUGUACCUCUGCUUCAGGGUCUUUUGGAUGGUUUGUCGUCUGAGCCACGGGUUGCAGCCAACGUGUGCUGGGCCUUCUCAAGCCUUGCCGAAAGCGCCGGUGAAGUCGCAUUAGGUGAAGAAAAUGAGCAUGAAUUGGAUCCUCAGGGACCCGCAACCUACGCUCUGUCAAAAUAUUUCAACGUGAUUACUGAGCGAAUUUUGAAUACCUCAAGUCGUCCCGAUGGUGCCCAGCACAAUCUGAGAAAUGCAGCUUACUCAGCCCUCAUGGCUCUCAUGCGAGCUCAGUUCAACGACUUGCAGUCCCUUCUCUGUGCUACACUUCAGUCGGUUUUGCGGAAAAUUAAUAAAGAAGAUGCUCCUGCACUAUCCGAUCAGAUCAUGUUGGCUCUGAUGUCGAUGUUCAACUCGACUCUGAAGCCCAAUGCUUCCACCGGGGCCGGUGACCAGGCUAGUUCUGCUGAAGGCUCUAAGGGUGCCGACAGUCCCACUGGAGUACAGGAAGAUGCUCUGUUGGCGGUUAGCGCUCUACUCGAGGUUCUUGGCGAAGGCUUCCUUAAGUACUUGGAUGCCUUUAUGCCAGCUCUUCUCGUGUGCCUGAGCAACUGCUCAGAGACACAGGUUUGCCUCAAUGCCAUCGGACUUAUGGGUGAUCUCUGUCGCAUCCUAUCACGGCAUAUUGCGCCCCACGCCGAUGCCCUCGUCAGUAUUCUCAUGCAAAUCUUACAGAACGUGGAGGCAGACAAGACUAUCAGGCCUGCAAUACUGUCAGCUUUUGGAGAUCUUUCGCUUGCUCUGGGACCCGGGUUUACCAAGUACCUAUCUGUUGUGAUGGAGACUCUCAAACAGGCUACACAGGCUGAAGUCGAUCUGAACGAUCUGGACAUGGUAGACUACCUAAACUCUCUAUGGAGCAGUUGUUUGGAAGCUUACACUGGCAUAGUUCAGGGCUUAAAGGGCGACGAUAACCGUACGUCAUCUUUACCUGAGUCUCACGUACAUUUAGAGCCCAGUCCCCAGCUUCAGUUCGUUGCCACACAUGUUCCAUUCAUCCUCUCCUUUGUCCAACACGCCGGAAGUGAUCCGAUAUGCACGGAAGAGAUAAUUUCAUCCUCAUGUGGACUUAUCGGAGACCUCGUGUCAGCAUUUGGUUCUGAGAUCCUGCCCAUAGUGGAAGUUGAGCCCAUACAGAACAUUCUCACUCAGGGUAGACGGGCCAAAAGCGCGCGCACUCGAAACGUUGCCAUCUGGGCCACCAAGGAGAUCAAGAAGAUGCAGAACGCUGCCAAGACCGACCAACUUGGUGCCCAGUCCAUGCUCGCCACUGGCGUCACGCCAAAUGUCGCGGGUGCGAUGAGCUCGUGA